AUUGAAAAACAGUCGGUCUCUCGUCCCUCUCUCUCACUCUCUCUCUCUCUCUCUCUCUCGCAGAAUAGCGGAAGCCGAACGAAACCCUAAAAACCAGGUGCGUCGUCCUCUCCUUCCACCUCCCCAAGCUCUCUUGCAUGGCCUCUCACCAGUCACCGCUCACCAAGUCGCCAAUCACCAUCGUUUUCCCCCUUCCAGUCGCGUCCUCCACCACUAGCUGCUAAGUGCUCACUUCGCCACUCCAAUCUUAAGAACCAAUGCGAGAGAGAAAAAUGGCAAGGAAUUCAGGUGUAGCCAUGGCACGGCAAUUGCUCGGCAAUCACAGCAAGUUCUGCACCGCGCUUCUUCAUCAUUACAGCCUUCCUUCCAGUUCUUUCCAAACCCUGGCUUCUUCAAUCCCCACCUCACCACCUCCACCGCCCACAGCAACCCCUUUCACCUCCAAUUCCCUCCACCGCUCCCCAAACCCUCGCUUUCUGCAGCUCCAACCUCUCUCCUCGCCCUCAGGUUCCUCAAACAUUGUUGUCAUUAAGUCAGAGGAUGAAUACAACAGCACAAUCAGCAAAGCUAAGGACGGAGCUGAGCCAGCACUUUUCUACUUCACUGCAGUCUGGUGCGGGCCUUGCAGGUUCAUAUCUCCAGUCAUUGGAGAGUUGAGUGAGCAAUACCCACAUGCAACAACAUAUAAGAUUGACAUCGAUGAGGAAGGACUUACAAACACUUUGGGCAAGUUGAAUAUUUCUGCUGUGCCUACAUUCCAUCUCUUUCAAGAUGGGAAGAAGGUGGCUGAAGUUGUUGGUGCUGAUGUUGCUCGCUUGAGAGACACUUUUGGAAAACUCUACAAGUGAUCAACUGUGCCCAUGACUUUUGGUGUCAAUGACUCUCCCUUAACUGGUCGUGACGGUACCCAUGGAAUGCGCGGGUUCGUGAGACGGGUGCCUCCUUUUCCAGAUCGACCAUAGGACAGGUCAGCCUUGACGGAGGAAGUGGCAACCCUAAAAGGUCAGCUUGCGGCCCAAGAAGCAAUCCGGGAAGCUGAGAUUGCAGCCUAGUUAUCGGCCCAAGACGAUAAGAUGAGUAUGAUCUUACGAGCUUUACAGAUGUCUGGCCUUCAAAUCCCGAUGCCAGCAUCUGAUCUUGCUCCACCUUCGACCUCCCAGCCACUUCGCCCAGUCGAUAUUUAGUAGCUUGAUGUAUCAAACGUAGAAGACUACUUCUUGUAGUUUUUUCUUUUUUGUUCGAACAUCUUGUAUGUACAUUUUCAUAUAUUUUAUAAUUAAAUAUUUUUUAUUGGUUUAUUAA